AUGACGCUGCAAGGAACCAGUGACGUACUAGCCGCAGUACGCACGAGGACCGCCGGGCGGCAGCACCGCCGCCCCCCGGUGCUGCGCGUCGCGCUGCGUGCCGGCGCGCGCUCCCGCGGCAGUCAGUCGCUCGCCGACCGUCGCAGGCGCCGCCCGAGUUGCGCCAUGGCCCUUGCGGCCCGCUACGCCCGCGCUUCGCCACUGCUGCUGACACUGAUGCUGCAGCUGCUGCGGGCCGCCGCCGCCUCUGACACGGUGACCGCCCGCGGCCGGCUGGACGCCUGCGUGGUGCCCGGCUGCAGCUGCCUCGACGGCGGCGCCGACGUCUCCUGCCGCGACGCUGCGCUCGGAGAUGCCUUCUUCGACGACGUCGCCGUGUCGCCCGCUGCCACCAGGCUGGAUCUGGCGGGCAACAACCUCACGAGGCUAAGCCGGCAGUUCUUGUCGCAGCUGCCACACCUAGAGGAGCUGAUUCUUUCGGGCAACAUUUUGAACACUAUAGAACCCAGAGUCUUCUCAACUAACAAGGCCCUGAAGAGACUGCAGCUGGACCAGAACUCGCUGUGGCAGCUGCCUGGAGAGGCGCUGUGGGGUCUGCGCCAGCUGAAGAACCUCCGCCUGGACGACAACCGGCUCUCCAGCGUGCCCUCGGCGGCUCUGCGCCCACUCGUCCGCCUGGAGGCCCUGAACCUGGCCAACAACCUCGUGACAUCCAUUUCUGCGGGAGAUUUCCCACGGCUGCCAAACUUGGUUGUGCUAGUCAUGAAGAGGAACCAGAUCACAACUAUCGACGACGAUGCCUUCCAGAAUGUGACUUCUCUGAGAUCUCUGCAUCUGGAUGACAAUUUUCUGCACAAGAUACCCUCUGCACUCACAAGGCUGACUUCUCUGCAGGAACUGUCAGUCUCUGGAAACCGCAUCAAAUACAUGCCUGGUGGUGUGCUGCAGCAGGCGCCAGGGUUGGCACUACUGGAGCUGCGGGGGAAUCCCCUGGUGGCUGUCGCGCCCACUGCCUUCUCCCACCUGCCGAGACUGCGAAAGCUCAUACUGUCCGAUGCGCGGGAGCUGACCGAGUUCCCCAACCUGGAGGGCACAACGGCGCUGGAGAUCCUGCGGCUGGACAGGGCUGGACUCCAGGAGGUGCCCGCCUCACUCUGCUCCAUCUGUCCCAGGCUCCGCAGUCUGGAUGUGAGAUCGAACAAGCUGACCAGAAUUCCAGACCUCAGUGCCUGCAAGGACCUCAGGGUGCUGGACCUGUCGAGCAACCGCAUCGCAUCACUGGAGGGCCAGCCCUUCCUUGGGCUGUCCCUGCUGCACGACCUGCUGCUGGCGCACAACUCCAUCCCCAGGCUGCCCAAGGACGCCUUCGAAGGGCUGCCGCGUCUGCAGGUCCUGGACCUCGAGGACAACCGCAUCACCGACAUCCAUCCGGAGGCCUUCCUGCCGUUCACGCAGCUCGAGGACCUGAACCUGGGUGAGAACACGUUCCCUGUGCUGCCGACGGCCGGGCUGGAGCGGCUGCUGGUGCUGAAGGUGUUCAACAACCCCGAGCUGCGGGAGUUCCCGCCACCGGAACGGUUCCCGCGCGUGCAGCGGCUGAUGCUGGCCUACGCCUACCACUGCUGCGCCUUCCUGCCUCUGCUGCCACCCGACCUGCCGCCCAAGCCACCCCUCAAGGACGCCGUCAUCUUCCCCGAGGAUUCCGAGUUCGACAUGAGCCUCUGGAACUCCAGCCUGACUGACAUCUGGCCUCAGUUCCAAAACCUGAGCAAGAAGUUCGGGCCUCAAGUGACAGACCUGUGGGAGAGCUUCGGGUCGGAUUUCACGUACCCGGGUAACCUGCCGGCCUACGUGGAGGAAUACUUCGAGGAGAACGACGGCGGUCGAACUGUCGCAGCCGACCACGGCGCCGCGGACUUCGUGCGCUGUGUGCCCCUGCCAGGUCCAUUCCUGCCGUGCCAGGACCUGUUCGACUGGUGGACGCUGCGCUGCGGCGUGUGGGUGGUCUUCCUUCUGGCCAUGCUGGGUAACGGUACAGUCGUCUUCGUGCUCGUCUUCUCGAGGAGCAAGUUGGACGUGCCGCGCUUCCUCGUCUGCAACCUUGCCGCCGCCGACUUCUUCAUGGGCAUUUAUCUUGGGUUCCUGGCGGUGGUGGACGCGUCGACGCUGGGCGAGUUCCGGCGCUUCGCCAUCCCGUGGCAGAUGUCGGCCGGCUGCCAGCUGGCGGGCUUCCUGGGCGUGCUGUCGGCCGAGCUGAGCGUCUACACGCUGGCCGUGAUCACGCUCGAGCGCAACUACGCCAUCACGCACGCCAUGCACCUCAACAAGCGCCUCUCGCUGCGGCACGCCGCCUACAUCAUGCUCUGCGGCUGGAUCUUCUCUCUCAUGAUGGCCGUGCUUCCACUCUUUGGCGUGUCGGACUACCGCAAGUUCGCGGUGUGCCUGCCGUUCGAGACGACGACGGGCCCCGCGAGCCUGGCCUACGUGGUGAUGCUGAUGCUGGUGAACGGCGUCGCCUUCCUCAUCCUGAUGGGCUGCUACCUCAAGAUGUACUGCGCCAUCCGCGGCUCGCAGGCCUGGAACUCCAACGACUCGCGCAUCGCCAAGCGCAUGGCGCUGCUCGUCUUCACCGACUUCAUCUGCUGGUCGCCCGUCGCCUUCUUCUCGCUCACCGCCGCCUUCGGGCUCGAGCUGGUUACUCUGGAACAAGCCAAGAUCUUCACGGUGUUCGUGCUUCCGCUGAACUCGUGCUGUAACCCGUUCCUGUACGCGAUCCUGACGAAGCAGUUCAAGAAGGACUGCGUGCUCAUCUGCAAGGCGAUCGAGGAAUCGCGCGUGACGCGCGGCAUCGGCCGCUGCCGCCACAGCUCCAACUUCAGCAACCGCCAGACGCCCGCCAACACCAACAGCCUCGCGGACCGCUCCUCCAGGGAGCAGCAGCAGCAACAACAACAGCAACAGCUACAUCACCAGCACCAGCAGAUCGCCUGCGCCUGCGGAGGUAUGAAAGGCGGCCGGGGACGAUCUAGAGCGGGGGCGGCGGCGGCGGACGGGAGGCGCUCGUGGGCGGCGGCGCUGCUGAUGCGGCUGUGGCGUCGCGAUGCCGCCUCCGGGGGCGGCGGUGGAGGCGGAGGGCGUCGCGGAGGCGGAGCUACGUCGCGCCCGGCGGCUGUGCACGGCAAGCGCAACGCGUCGCUGUCCUCCAGCGAGAACUUCAGGUACCCCGGCGCCGCGCCACCCCCGGAGUUCUUCAGUGGUGACGUACCCUACACCUAUCCAGCUCGAAGAUACAGAACUGUGCUACUCUAG